UUUGCACUUAACGGCUUUUGCAGAGACAUUAUCUUGAACAACCCGCGGAGGAGGAACGCCCUGUCCCUGGCCAUGCUGCGCUCCCUCCGGGAGGACCUGCUGCACGACGUCAAAAGCAAAGACCUCCGAGUUAUCGUCAUCUCGGCUGAAGGACCUGUAUUUUGUUCCGGCCAUGAUUUAAAGGAACUAUCAAGUGAAGAUGACGUGAAGCAUCAUUCCCAAGUGUUCGAAAUAUGUGCAGAGGUUAUGACUUUAAUCCAGAAGCUUCCGGUACCAGUGAUUGCCAAAGUAAAUGGCUUGGCUACGGCAGCAGGUUGUCAGCUUGUGGCAAGCUGUGACAUCGCAGUGGCAAGUGAGAAAUCUCAGUUUGCUACUCCUGGAGUAAACAUUGGACUGUUCUGCUCCACACCAGCUGUGGCCCUGGGGAGAUCUCUUCCAAGAAAGGUGGCCUUAGAGAUGCUUUUCACGGGCGAACCUCUUUCUGCCCAAGAAGCAUUAAUGCACGGGCUCGUCAGCAAGGUGGUGCCAGAAGACAAGCUGGAAGAAGAGACCAUGAAAAUCUCUCAGAAGAUAUGCGAAAGCAGCAAAUCUAUCCUUGCCUUGGGGAAAGCCACCUUUUACAGACAGAUAACACAGGACCUUGAUACUGCUUAUAGAAUGACUACUCAGGUCAUGGUAGACAAUUUGACUUUGAGAGAUGGGCAGGAAGGUAUUGAAGCAUUUAUUCAGAAACGUAAGCCUGUCUGGUCACACUCUGCAAAUGAGAAGAAAUGAAUCUUGUUUCUAAGCUAACCUUAGCUGUGCUUUAUGAUUCCUCACGCAGUUGCCUUUGGGAGCUAUAUUCUUCUUCUUACUGAAAGUUAAAUUUCUCUUCUUCACCAUGCCAAAGACGCAAUAAAUUUAUUCUAAGUAUAUAAUAAAUGUUAAGAAAAAUCAAACCAAAGGGGUUUUUUC